AUGAUAGUCUUACAAGAGAUAACAGAUGAAGCUGAGAGACUGAGGAAAGAUAAGAAACGACAUGAAGACAACUUGAAAUUUUUACAAUCAGAGGCUAGCCGUUUGGAUAAAUCUAUUCUUGAUUUACAGGUGAUACUUGGGAAGUAUCGUUCCACAAAUGCACUUAAGGCAGUGACAACCAAGAAUGGUGCUUUUCACAGUGAGGAAGAAACUGCAGAUGAAAUAUUGAAGCAAGAGAUAACGGCAGCUGCCAUUGUCUACCAACUGAAAACUCGUCAUGCAGUUCAGGCAUCAAGUUUGCCAUUGACCAAAGAUGUGCUAGGUAAAGUGGCUACUCUUGCCAGUGUUGAUGGUGAUAAUCUUAAUUGGUUUCUCUCAGAAUACUUGGGACUGGAGACAAUGCUGGCUAUAGUCUGUAGAACGGUUGAAGGUGUAAAGUUAUUAGAGAAAUAUGAUGAAGAAGGCAAAGUAAACAGCAGCACUGGUCUACAUGGCCUUGCAGCUUCCAUGGGAAGGAAAAUCAAUGGCCGAUUUCUUGUGAUUUGCCUGGAAGACUUGAGGCCGUCUGCUAGUGGUUUUAUAGCUGAUGAUCCACAUAAGAAGCUUGAUCUUAUAAAGCCAAAGUUACCAAAUGGCAUGUGCCCUACUGGCUUUCUAGAUUUUGAGAUGAACAUGACCAAUUUGGACAGGGAGAAUUCAAUUUGCCUCACUGCCAAUGGAUAUGGUCUUAGAGAGACACUAUUCUAUACCCUUUUCUCUGAGUCUUUAGAUGGUGGGAUAAUCAAGAGAAACGGUGUCUUUGCUCUUGGCAAUGUAAGUCCAAAAUUGAGUAGCUGUUAAGUUAUUUCCCACUGAUAUAAAAAAAAUUUAUAUACUUUUCUUUCAAAAGUAUAUGGACUUGCAUUUCAA